GACCAGGGCCAACCUCACUAGCGCAGGGGUACAUAAGGCGUGACUGCGGCUCGGAGAAGCCACCUCUGUCGAGCGGCAGCAGAAAGUCACGACUCUGAGAGGUCGCUUCGCCACAGCAACCAUGAAGCUCUUCGUCGCUGUCGCCCUCAUCUCUCUGGGCAUCCACGCUGAAGCCUUCUACCCUGGCUUUUACCAGUCUGGCCUCUACGGCGCUGGCUUCGGCGGUGCUGGCCUGUACGGUGGAAGCUUCGGCUCUGGUCUGUACGGGGGUGGUCUCCUCGGCUCUGGAUUCUACAGUAGCAGCUUGGGAAGCUCUGGGCUGCUUGGCUUGAACGGUCUGGGCUAUGGAGCUUCUGGCCUUCUUGGCUCUGGUCUGUAUGGCACUAGCGUCCUCGGAUCCCGCAACAGCGUUCUUGGCGGACUACUGGGAGGAGUUGGUAGCCCCCUCGGAGGCCUUAGCCCACUCGGAAGCCUGGGCCCACUCGGAAGCCUUAGCCCCCUCGGACGCCUGAGCCCCCUCAGUGGCCUUAGCCCCCUAGGAAGUCUUAGCCCAUUGGGAAGCCUUGGCCCUCUCGGACGCCUGAGUCCCCUCAGUGGCCUUAGCCCCCUAGGAGGUCUUGGCCCAUUCGGAAGCCUUAGCCCCCUCGGACGCCUGAGCCCCCUCAGUGGCCUUAGCCCCCUAGGAGGUCUUGGCCCAUUCGGAAGCCUUAGCCCCCUCGGACGCCUGAGCCCCCUCAGUGGCCUUAGCCCCCUCAGUGGCCUUAGCCCCCUAGGAAGUCUUAGCCCCCUAGGAAGUCUUAGCCCCCUCGGACGCCUGAGCCCCCUCAGUGGCCUGAGCCCCCUCAGUGGCCUUAGCCCCCUCAGUGGCCUUAGCCCCCUAGGAAGUCUUAGCCCCCUCGGACGCCUGAGCCCCCUCAGUGGCCUUAGCCCCCUAGGAAGUCUUAGCCCAUUCGGAAGCCUUAGCCCCCUCGGUGGCCUUAGCCCCCUCGGUGGCCUUAGCCCCCUCGGAAGUCUGAGCCCAUUCGGAAGCCCUAGCCCACUCGGAGGGCUCGGAAGCCCGUUCAACGGUCUCGGAAGCCCGUUCAGCGGUCUCGGAAGCCCAUUUGGUGGCUACCCCGGAUUCUUCGGUGGACCAGGAGCCACCAGGAAGUUCCCUGGCGACCUUCGCGUCAUCACCGAACCCACCUCUGGGCUUCCCCUGAAUGAUGCCGUCUACGUCGGUGUAGUGCGCCAGCGUCUGGUCCCUGCUCCAUAUCCCGUCCCACGACCGGUGCCAUACCCAGUUCCGCAGGGAGUGCCGCAGCCAUUCCCAGUCGACCAACCUGUCCCGCAGCCCUUCCCAGUUCCGGUUCCAAAGCCAGUACCAAUUCACACUACGACCGAAGUGACCAACACUGCAGUGAUUGAGCCCGUCACAAGUGCAGUCAUUUCUCACCAUGGACCCGAAGUGAACCAGGUACAAAGCCACGUCCCACUGUAAGCGUUGAUAACCUCAAGAAAGUUUUACGCCGUAUAAAAACGAGAAAAUCAUGCUUUGCAAAUGUAUCUGAAAUAAAGAACAAUCUAUCGGAUUCAAAUCAA